GCCAAGAUCCCGCUGAGCAUUCUGGGCUUGCCUUUCCAAUCCGGAAUCGUCGUCGGCGAGGCCAAGGAGCUCUCCCUCAACCUCUCGACGUUCUUCGAUUCCGGCCCGUCGUUCGAGGUCGCCUACCGCCCCAACGAUUCGUGGAAUCCGUUCUCCCUCAUGCUCAAGACGGGGUCGGGGUCGUUCGGGUCGCCGACGUCGAGCCCGAUGGUGAUGAGCGCGGAGUUCAAUUUGGUCGGGAAGGGGAACCCUAGCUUCAUGCUUCAUUUCAAGCUGAGGUUUGGGGAUUUCUCGAUCAAGAAGUCGCAGGCGUCGUCGGGUUGGAGAAGAGUAUGA